AUGGGUUGCUGCUUCAGCACCCCUAACUCUAAGCCACCUCAAAAUGGCGACAAACACCAACAACCUCACCUUGGAUCCCACGAACAAAACUGCAGAAUCAGAAUCCGACAAUCCGUUGAAGAGGAAUCUGUGAAAGAGGUUCUCUCGGAGACACCCAUCUCCAAACCUCAACAAGUUUCAACUUUGAUGCCACAAACGAAGACCCAAUUGCCCGUUAUUCAACCCCAAAAGGUGCCCAUCCGAAAAGCGUUGGAUUUAGAAGAAGUUUCUCUCGUGUUGGAAACAUGCAGCAACGGCGAGAGCUUCUCCACCACCACCACCGCCACCACCGUCACGGAAAACCGAGAAGACGAAGCCACGAGCAAGAGAAGCAACGGAACUCGCAAUCGGAAGCGUUCUUACGCCGUCGACGGCAGAGACCGGAGGCCCAAAUCUCCGGCGAGAAAGCCGGAAAUUCCGGCAAGGUCACGGCCACUUCGCGGGAGGGAGUCCGACCAUGCCCGCCGUCAUUCUGGCGAGGGGACUGUCCGGCAGUCGAGGUCUCCGUCGCGUGGCGGUCGGAGUCAGCUCAGGCCGCCGGGAGGGAUCAGCCGGCGAGUUCCUCCGGCUAAGGCUAAGGGUGUUGUGGAGGAAAACGACACCGUUUCAGUGAAGGAGUCACUAGAAAACCCACACGUGUCAUUAGAGUGCUUUAUUUUUCUGUAG